CAGGGAGGAGGAAGCCCUGUAGCAGAAAGCUCUGAUGCACUCUGACUUGUAGGGGGCCUGUUCACAUUUAGGAACUGGUGACAGCAUGGGUGCACUCCUCUCUUGGGGGGGCUGGUUGGAUCGCAGGGCGUGGGAUCUGAACAGCACCAGCUGUCCCCAAGGAAAUUAAGGGGCAGCCAGAACCCCCCGCAAAAAAACCCCAAUGCUCCUUAUUUCCAGGUUGACAGAGGGCCCUCCAGACAACCACCUGGUGUAUCCACUAGGAAGGGUGGAUUUGGAGGUGACUUCAAAAAUAGUGGAGGGUAACAAGGUGAGGAAAAGGGCUCAGCAACUUGAACCCUGUGUCACUAGAAAUGGGGGUGACUUGGUGGAAAAAAAAUGUAUUGUCCAGAGACAGAGUCUGGGAAUCCGUUCUCACUGAACAGGAACAGCCUGGAUAUUCUGAGACAUAGUUUUGGGGUACUUUAGUGAAAAAAAAGUGGGGGAUUCUCUUCGCUUGGAGAGUGGGAAAAACACCAAGGUUGGGUUCUUCCCUGACAUUGGCAGUGCCUCAGUAGGGGUGGGGUGAGCUAAUAUCCUGAAAGCUAAGGAUCCACAACCUUUAGAUUGCAAUAGUGGAUUUGGGAGGAGUACAGGGGCCCUGAAAUAGGGUGGAAAGGUGCCUGGGGAUAUUGGAACCACAUAUUGGAAAUUUAGAGGGUUUUGACUUUGGGAUAGGGGAAGUGGGGACAGGGAUACUGGAGAGCAGGGGAGGGGCUAGUUUUCAGUAGGGGGCAAAAGUCCAGGGUGGGGUUUACUGAGAGGUACACAGGCCGCUGGGUCCAGGGGAGCUAGCACGGGGGCUCAAGGGUGAGAGCUGGAGGGGGUGUGCUGAGGCUUAUCCUAAGGUGCUGUGGGUGGGGUGGUUAGUCGGGAAAGAGCGUCAAAAGCAUGCCGUGGUGAGCGGACUUCUCUGGGGGAGCCCAGCGCGCUCCCAGCGCCUGCUGGUUUGGGGGUGUCUCCUCCCGGGGCGCCAUGGCGGCGCUGGCUAGUAGCCUGAUCCGGCAGAAGCGGGAGGUCCGCGAGCCCGGGGGCAGCCGGCCCGUGUCGGCGCAGCGGCGCGUGUGUCCCCGCGGCACCAAGUCCCUUUGCCAGAAGCAGCUCCUCAUCUUGCUGUCCAAGGUGCGACUGUGCGGGGGGCGGCCCGCGCGGCCGGACCGUGGCCCGGAGCCUCAACUCAAAGGCAUCGUCACCAAACUGUUCUGCCGCCAGGGUUUCUACCUCCAGGCAAAUCCCGACGGGAGCAUCCAGGGCACCCCAGAGGACACCAGCUCUUUCACCCACUUUAAUCUGAUCCCUGUGGGGCUCCGUGUGGUCACCAUCCAGAGUGCCAAGCUGGGUCACUACAUGGCCAUGAAUGCUGAGGGGCUCCUCUACAGCUCGCAACAUUUCACAGCUGAGUGUCGCUUUAAGGAGUGCGUCUUUGAGAAUUACUAUGUCCUGUACGCCUCUGCUCUCUAUCGUCAGCGCCGUUCUGGCCGGGCCUGGUACCUAGGCUUGGACAAAGAGGGCCGAGUCAUGAAGGGAAAUCGAGUCAAGAAAACCAAGGCAGCUGCCCACUUUGUGCCCAAACUCCUGGAGGUGGCCAUGUACCGGGAGCCUUCUCUCCACAGUGUCCCUGACACCUCCCCUUCCAGUCCCCCUGCCCCCUGAAAUGUAGACCUUGGACUGGAGGCUCCUGCACUUGCACUGGUCUAGCCACCACCACAGCCUGUCUCCCAGUCCUGCUCCUGGACCUGCUCUCAUCCCAGCUGCUGUUCUCAUGUCCUGAGCAGCCAGGUCCCACCAGGUGCUCUACCUGGAGGGAGCCUAGGAACUGCUGAAACCCUUAGAUGCUUGGACCUGGGAGGAGGUCAUACAGGUGGAUGUUUGAAAAUGGUCCUGGCUGAUCACUUCUUUCCUUCCACACUUACACCCCCCACCCCCCAAAGCCUUUUCCUGAGAUGGUGCUGGGGGUUUCCAAACUGAGAGAACAGGACACAAAUAUUCCCCACCCCAGGCUCAGCCAGUUCCUGGAGCCCUUUUCAUUGCCUCUGAGCCAUAGAUUUAUAGGUCUACUGGAGCUCAGGAUUAGUUUCCUUUCCCUACUCCACCUUCUGCCUUGUUCUGGACAGGUUCUAGAACACCAGGCACCCCAGCCAGGGCCAUUUCUCUUCUAACGCUCUGUGCUGGAAUGCAGGCAUGCUGUCAGGCUCUGUUCUGGAUCCAUCAGGCUUUCUUGACCCAGAUAACCCUUGGUUUCCAAGUAGAGAAAGGCUGGAUUUGAGUCCUGUCCAGCUCUUGGCCUUGGCCUGAACUGGGUCCAGUCUCAGAUCACCACAGGUUUAACUCUUUUAACCCAGAGCAUGGUGUUCUAGACACAAAUGGAGCCAUAUUUCCUUCUGAAUCUCAAAGAAUAUAGACCACGACUCUCCACCCUUCCCUCCAGGAUGGAACUGGGGCCUAUAUAGCCAUAUUAUUGCUCUAGAGUAAGUUCUAGACCCAUCCUCCCUCCCACCUUCUCUAGUGAUACCUAUUAAGGAUGAGUUCUGGAAAGGACCCAGCUAUGAUUCAUAAAGAACUAAGUCCUGGGAGAAUUAAGAACUACUUCUUGUUUUACCUAGAUAAUUUUCUAAAAACCUUAUUCUUCCUAUAGAAUACUAACCUUAUUUUUCCAUGCAGUUGUUAGCUCUUACAACUCAGCUGGGGCCCAGGAAAAUAAAGUCUGAAGGGAAGAGGAGUUUUAGAAGGAAUCCUUGGCUCACUGUGGGGAAGCCAGGAUGGGGAAGCAGCCAAAACUAUGACAUAAUUGGACCUGUGCCUGGGUUGGGGGUACAUGAACACUUAGCUACCUCGGCAAGAAUUCCUUCCAGAUCCCCUUUAAAGCUGAGGUCUUUAGGGUAAUGGAUCUAGGAUAAAAAGGACAAAUAUGGCAUAGACCUUACAGUGUACAGAUGAUGUGUUGUAGAAUUAUGCACCUGAAACCUGUGUAAUUUUGUUAACUAGUGUCACCCCAAUAAUAAAAAUUUUAAAAAUAAUAAAAAACAUGACAUAGGCUUGACCCCCCUCCCCCUAGUGAGGAUACCCCAAUUCAGCAGUAAGUCCCACCACUCUCCCCUAGGUCAGGCCAAGGAGAGUGAGGGCCUCUUGGGUUCCAGACCUCAUGUACCCCCAGAGCUUCUCAUUGAAUAGAACUUGUUUUACUUUACAGCUUAUAACUUCAGCUGUGUUUUAGGUACCCAAAAAGGGCCUGACUAGAUUCUUCUGAAAAACGCGGAGAGCUAGGGACAGGCCUGGAAAAGAUCAGGAACCCAACUAGUGAACUAGGAGGUAAACUGAGCAGCCUCAGACCUGGGCAUGGAAGACUGAGGAGGCCCUAAAGGAAGGGCUAGGGCUCGGAGACAGUUCACUUUCCCUCAGGCACUUUCUACUUCUAGCUUGUUGCAAGAGGGGUUGAUGCUUCCCUCACCCACAGAGACCCCGCCCAGGCCCCACUCAUCUCCUGGCUCU